UGCCGGUGCGCAAGGCGCUUUCCAGCUCCCUCCCGCGAGGGUACAGCCCGCCUCCUUCAGCGGCGCCUGCAGCCGGGAGCUCGCUCUCGCCUCCGGAGCUCACUCCGGGAGCUGCUCCGCGGGUGGCGGGCGCAGAGUCCGCGACGUGGGGAUCGUGAGGCCGCGGCGAUCCGCCCGCGGUAACCAGACCGCGAGCCAGUGUUACAUGCGCGCUCCCUUCGCCCGGUCAGUCGCUGUUGCUUCCUGGGGCUGAGACGUCCGCUCCGUCCCCUCCCUACCCGGUGACCGAGGCAAGAACCCAGCCGGUCGUGCACUGUGGCUGGUCGCCACUGUUGAGUGGAAACAAAAUGUCCGUCAGCGUGCACGAGAACCGCAAGUCCAGGGCCAGCAGUGGCUCCAUUAACAUCUAUCUGUUCCACAAGUCUUCCUACGCGGACAGUGUCCUCACUCACCUGAACCUGUUACGCCAGCAGCGUCUCUUCACCGACGUCCUUCUCCAUGCCGGAAAUAGGACCUUCCCGUGUCACCGGGCAGUGCUGGCCGCGUGCAGCCGCUACUUUGAAGCCAUGUUCAGCGGCGGCCUGAAGGAGAGCCAGGACAGCGAAGUCAACUUCGACAACUCCAUCCACCCGGAAGUCUUGGAGCUGCUCCUCGACUACGCUUACUCCUCCCGGGUCAUCAUCAAUGAAGAAAACGCGGAAUCGCUCCUGGAAGCUGGCGACAUGCUGGAGUUUCAAGACAUCCGGGAUGCCUGCGCUGAGUUCCUAGAAAAGAACCUGCACCCCACCAACUGCCUGGGCAUGCUGCUGCUGUCUGACGCGCACCAGUGCACCAAGCUGUACGAGCUCUCCUGGAGGAUGUGUCUCAGCAAUUUCCAGACCAUCAGGAAGAACGAAGAUUUCCUCCAGCUGCCUCAGGACAUGGUAGUGCAGCUCCUGUCCAGUGAAGAGCUGGAGACGGAAGACGAAAGACUUGUGUACGAGUCUGCAAUUAACUGGAUCAGCUACGAUCUGAAGAAGCGCUACUGCUAUCUCCCGGAGCUGUUGCAGACGGUGAGACUGGCUCUGCUGCCGGCCAUCUAUCUCAUGGAGAAUGUGGCCAUGGAGGAGCUCAUCACUAAGCAGAGGAAGAGCAAGGAGAUCGUGGAAGAGGCCAUCAGGUGCAAGCUGAAAAUCCUGCAGAACGACGGCGUGGUGACCAGCCUCUGUGCCCGCCCCCGGAAAACCGGCCAUGCCCUCUUCCUCUUGGGAGGACAGACUUUCAUGUGUGACAAGCUGUACCUGGUCGACCAGAAGGCCAAAGAGAUCAUUCCCAAGGCUGACAUCCCCAGCCCAAGAAAAGAGUUCAGUGCCUGUGCAAUUGGCUGCAAAGUAUACAUUACUGGGGGGCGAGGGUCUGAGAAUGGAGUCUCGAAAGAUGUCUGGGUUUAUGAUACCCUGCAUGAGGAGUGGUCCAAGGCGGCCCCCAUGCUGGUGGCCAGGUUUGGCCAUGGCUCUGCUGAACUGAAGCACUGCCUGUACGUGGUCGGGGGGCACACUGCCGCCACUGGCUGCCUCCCGGCCUCCCCCUCAGUCUCUCUAAAGCAAGUAGAACAUUAUGACCCCACAACCAACAAAUGGACCAUGGUGGCCCCUCUCCGAGAAGGGGUCAGCAAUGCCGCAGUGGUGAGUGCCAAGCUCAAGCUCUUUGCUUUCGGAGGUACCAGCGUCAGUCAUGACAAGCUCCCCAAGGUUCAGUGUUACGAUCAGUGCGAAAACAGGUGGACGGUCCCGGCCACCUGUCCCCAACCCUGGCGUUACACGGCGGCAGCUGUGCUGGGUAACCAGAUUUUUAUUAUGGGGGGAGAUACCGAGUUCUCCGCCUGCUCUGCUUAUAAAUUCAAUAGCGAGACUUACCAGUGGACCAAGGUGGGAGACGUGACAGCAAAGCGGAUGAGCUGCCACGCUGUGGCCUCCGGAAACAAACUCUACGUGGUUGGAGGGUACUUUGGCAUUCAGCGAUGCAAAACUCUGGACUGCUACGAUCCAACGUUGGACGCGUGGAACAGCAUAACCACGGUCCCGUAUUCGCUGAUCCCUACUGCGUUCGUCAGCACCUGGAAACAUCUGCCCUCUUAAACACAAUGCAUCCUAAAGAGAGUGAGCGUAAGUUUAGCUGACUCCAUCCCUCAAUGAGACAAGAUGGGAUCUCUACUUUGGAGAGGCCAAGUUGAAUGAAGAGAAAGAAAAGAAAAAGGAAAAGAAGUUGCUACAGUCCAAUCCACCACACCUUGUAAAUGCUUCUA